AUGGAUAGUUUUGAAGAACUAAGGGGGAUGUUGUGUAUUUCACAUGUUCAAGAGAAUGAUGUCUCUUCUCUUGAGUUGGAGUUUACGGUUGGGCAGUUGGAGAAUCCUUUUGGUAUUCUCAAUUUUGUUAAGAGUUUAAAAGAUGAAAGAAACAUGUUCUACAAGCAGAAUCAAAUGGGCUUUGCUAUUGCAAAAUACUCUCUUGCUCUUAAGAUUUUGUCCUUUGCUUCAGUUUGUAGUGAUGAGGAUAAAUUGAUGUUUUCGGACAUAGCUGUGUCCCUUAAUCUGAACUUGGGUGCUUGUUUCAUCAAGGUGAAAGACUAUGACAGAGUGGGUCAAUUAUGUUCCGCGGUUUUGUGUUUUGAUACUACUAAUGUGAAAGCUUAUUUUAGAAGAGCGAUUGCGGCGUUAGAACUUCAUAAGCCUACCUUAGCUUUCAUGGAUCUUGCACAAGCCCUUAAGUUAGAUCCUAAAAACAAUGAGUUCCAACAAAAACUAAAGAAGGUGAUAUCCUUAUUAGGUCGGUCUCCGGAUUUUGUUGAUGAGGCACUUGCAGUAACACGGGAGAAUGAGAAGUUUAGAGAUUAUGUUCAUUGUAGGAAGGAAAGAUAA